AUGGUGAAAGGUGAUUCAAAACAUGUUAUUGGAAGAGAGAAGAUAAAUAACUCAAAAGGGACACAAAAAAGAAAGAGGUUUCACAGACCUCGGAUCAUGGAAGAGGGGAAGAAACCAAGGAAUCCCGCUGCGACACGACUUAGAACUAUAUCCAAGACAAGGAAGAAGAAGGAAGACUACAGUGAAGAUGAAGUUAUAGCUGAGCCUUUAACUCCACAAAAGCAAAGUUUUCCAAAAAGAAGCAAAGAUGCUAAGUCAAAAAAAAAGGUGGUUCGAAGUUUGAACUUCAGUAAAAAAGCUCCCAUCAGUUGUCUUGAGUUCAACAGAAUUUGUGGACCAAAUUUCCCAAAGGGGAGAAAGAGGAUGAGCACAGUCCGUAGAUCUGAUUUCCAUUGCUUGAUAUCUCCAAUAUCAUUUCCUCUACCUGUUUGGAAAAAGCAAUCAAAAAGGUUUAAACGCAAGAAGAACGUGGUCAGAUGGGCUAGAAUUGCUUUGUCUUUUGACCAACAAGAAGUACUCCCAUCUGGAGCAGAUGUAUCAUUGCAUUUUGAAGAGACACUGGGACAUGUUAGUUGUGUAGCCCCAAAGCGAAAAAAUAAAAGUACUAAAACUAUUGCUGAGCAUUUAGUCCAACAAAUGUGUUAUCAGAAAGAUCACGGUCUCUCAUCCCUAGCAGAUGUUCCUUUGCACAUUGAAGACACGCUCAUGAAAUCGUCUAGUAAUGUACCCCAAGAAGGACCUAUCAUGAAAACUAAGGAUAUUGCUAAGUUGAUCAAAGAAAUGAAAAGAUUAAAGAUCAACAAAAGAGUAACAACUUUGGUCGGUUCUAGCAAAAAACUUGUACUUGCAAAGGUUAAUCUUGAUCCAGAGACCGUUAAAGAGUGGGAGCUAUUAAUGAUGAAUGAUCAUCCAAACAUAUCAUAUGAUGAUAAUGAGACAGAGGCAAAGUGGAAACAAGAAAGAGAGAGCUUUAAAAGCCGAAUAGAUCUUUUUAUUAACCGAAUGCAUAUUCUGCAAGGAAAUAGAAAGUUUAAGCAGUGGAAAGGUUCAGUUGUUGACUCUGUGGUUGGAGUUUUCUUGACACAAAAUGUUUCUGAUUAUCUUUCAAGCAAUGCUUUCAUGAGUGUCGCUGCAAAAUUUCCCACGGAUUCAAUGGAUGAUUUAGAAGGUCUAACCUAUUACAUCGAAGAACCUCAAGAUGCUAAUGACUCAGUUAUGGAUGAUGAUCAAAGACCAAAUCAUGUAGGAAAUGAUGAUGGUAAGAGUACUGACUUCGUUACCUUAUCUGCGGAUUCAAUAGCAGAUGUAGAAGUGCAUGCGAAAACUGCUAAAAGGAAAAAUGAAAAAACUGGUAUUAUAGAAGAGGAGACCGUUGAUUGGAAGAAUAUUAGGAAGCUGUAUACAAAACAAGGCUCUCGCCACAAAAUGCAUAUGGACUCUGUUAAUUGGGAUGGUGUGAGAUUAUCUGGCCAACAAGCUUUUGAAACCAUCAUCAAAAAACGCGGACAAUUCAGGGUUCUUUCAAAAAGAAUUUUGAAAUUUCUUAGCGAUGAAGCUGAACAAAAUGGAAUGAUUGAUCUUGAGUGGCUCCGAGAUGCACCGUCAGAUCUUGUGAAGAGAUAUCUAUUGGAGAUUGAAGGGAUAGGAUUAAAGAGUGCUGAAUGCGUUCGGCUAUUAGGACUUAAACAUUCAGCUUUUCCGGUUGACACAAAUGUUGGUCGUAUAGCAGUUCGACUUGGUUGGGUUCCUCUUGAACCUUUACCAAAUGGAGUUCAACUGCAUCAAUUAUUCCAGUACCCUUCAAUGGAUUCUAUUCAAAAAUACCUCUGGCCACGGCUAUGUAAACUUCCUCAAGAAACACUAUAUGAACUGCAUUAUCAGAUGAUAACAUUUGGAAAGGUAUUCUGCACAAAGGUAGUUCCAAACUGUAACGCAUGUCCGAUGAAGUCAGAAUGCAAAUAUUUUGCAAGUGCAUAUAUCAGCUCGAAGGUUCUUCUCGAAGGUCCAGAAGAGAAAACGCAUAAUCCCGAUGAAUCUUUUGCGCAUGCAAAUUCUCAAGAUGUUGUUGAUGACAUGACAUCAAAUAUAAAUGUGAUAGAGGAAUGUGGUUCUCCCGGAUGUAGCGAUCAAGAUAUAUAUUGCGAGCCACUGGUUGAGUUUCCUUCUUCUCCAAGAGCGGAUAUUUUUGAAAUAACAGAUAUCGAAGAUACUCCAUGCGUAAAUUCUUAUCAGCCACAUGCUAGAAUUCCUGAAAUUGAGUUUGACUUGGAUGCACUGAAGAAAAAUGUUGAAGAUGAACUUAGAUACAGCGGUGGAAAGACGUUGAGCAGUGUUGAUGACGAAAUAUCAAAAGCAUUAGUGGUUCUCACCCCUGAAAACGCAUGCAUUCCAAUCAAGCUACCGCGAAAAAUCAAGUAUUAUGAUCGACUAAGAACCGAACAUGUGGUUUAUGUGCUUCCUGAUAAUCAUAACCUCCUCCAAGAUUUCGAGAGAAGAGAAGUUGAUGAUCCGAGUCCGUAUCUUCUUGCUAUUUGGCAACCAGGUGAAACGUCGUACUCCUUUACACCACCAAAGAAAAAGUGCAACUCAGAAGGAUCAAACCUGUGCAAUAUCAAAACUUGUUCGCAUUGUUGGGCUAUACGGGAAAAAAUCGCUAAUACUUUUCGUGGCACAAUUUUGAUUCCAUGUAGGACAGCAAUGCGAGCGGGUUUUCCUCUCAAUGGCACAUAUUUCCAAACCAAUGAGGUUUUUGCAGAUUAUGAGUCAAGUAUUGAACCUAUUGUGUUUCCUAGAGAAUGGUGUGAGGGUUUAGAAAAACGUGCGCUAUAUUGUGGUUCGUCGGUGACAUCCAUUUUUCGAUUUUUAGACACAGGGCGGAUUCAACUUUGCUUUUGGACAGGGUUUCUAUGUAUGAGAGCAUUUGAUCGGAAACAACGAAAUCCAAAAGAACUUGUUCGAAGACUACACACGCCAAAGUUCAUGCAAGACGAUGAUGAUAUAUAGUUUAG